UGCCUACCUGAUUAAUCUGAUGCAUAACCUGGAUGGCUUUGUCCAGACUAUCACCAUCCUACCUGACCAAAACAUCUCUAACCCUGAUGUCAUGCUACCCCUCAUCAGUAACCUGUUCCAAUCCACAGGUCUGACACCACUGCUGCCUCUGCUCCUCAGUGAUGGUCCCUUCAAUGUCUCUGCAUUGUUUGAUGUAGCCUCACAGCUUGGCAACUUUAUUUUCAAUGAGACAGACCCAACAAUGUCUGAACUGGAACAGCUGAUACUGCAGUUGCUCUCCUUGGGGGGUAAUCUCAACAUGUCUCUCUCCCGCAUCAUGGCACACAAUCUACUUAAAUAUUCAGACUACUUCCACCCUGACAAUGUGACCCUGCUCAAAGAAGCCAUCCAGCCUUUCACCAACCAGACCUCAGCCAUCCUCAGUGCCAUGGAGCUACUGAAGACAGUGAGGAAUUCUCCAAAUGGUGACCCAACUAACAUCAUUCUGGGGUACAUACUCCAGCUUCAAGAACUUGUGAAAUCUCUGAAUACACUACCGAAUGGGCAGCUGAGUACAGCACAAGCCACUGACCUCCAGCUGCUUUUGAAGGACUUUCUCAAUCUCCUCACGCCCGAGAACCUUCAAAACCUGACUCAAGCUGGACCAGACGCUGUCCAGAACAUUGUUACACAGACAGUUGUAGCAUUCCUACCACCUGAGGUCCAACAGGAAGCUGCUCACUUUCUCCAGGAUUUCAAAGCUCUGCAGAAUCAGAUGACCAAAUGUGCAGCAGGCCAGAACUGUUUGGCUGGAGUCUCAGAAAUCUUCACAUUCUUGGAUCAGAUAUUUGACAUGAUGCUCUCAAACAACACUAAUUUUACCAUCAAUAUACCUUCAAACAGCUCUGUUUUGGAGAAACAGGGAUAUGACGAAAUUACAUCCAUGUUCUUCUCACUCCUCCUGUCCUCCAAUGAUGCUGCUAAUAUGGAAACAUUCAAUCAAACUCUUCAUUUCAUCAGAUUGAUUAUGGCCUCACCAGUUUUUAAUGUGUCUGAUGUCCAGAAUGCUCUGAGACAGUCAAACCUAACCCUCGAGGAGCUGUACAGCAUUGCUGCACUUGUUGGAACUGCCAACAUAAAUGACUUGAUGGGUCUGGCAUCUGAGUCUUUAACAUGUGAGGAUCUCUUGGGUCCCUUUGAGGGGCUCUUAAACACAAAGAGCAUAAGUAUUGAGGUGUGGAGAUCAAUGAUCUGCCAGAACAGCUCCACUCUACAGCAAGCUCUACUGAUGGACUGGCUGCUAUUGAUUCAGAAGGCACAAGAAGUGUACAGCAACCUCACAGGUCCAGCAGACUACAACGUAACACUUCCCAUGAUUCUCUCUGAGUGGCACAAGUUGUAUAAUAACAGUGUGCAGUUUGGAGUGCUUUUGGAGAGAGUGGCAACAGCGCUGGGCGGAGAAUACUGGAUGAACUGGAUGCCAGACAACAUCACUCAUGAUGUUACUGAGACACUUCAACAAAGUGUUUUCUCGUUCAUGGUGAAUCUUGGAGAAAAGAUUGAGAAGAGUCAGCUGUGGCCCGAGGUAAAGAACUAUUUCCACAUGGUUUACUGGAUUAUCAACUACAGGCCUGGUGUCACAACUCAGCCAGCAAACUGUUCAGUUAACAUCUCCACCUUAGUCAUUCACUGCGACACUGGUUUGAACUGGACACAGUUUGUUCAAGCAGUAACUCAGGUUUUGAUGUCACCAAGCCCAGAUGUCCUGGUGAAUUGUCUCAAAGGAACUGUGAAUUUGUUGCAGUAUGUUUAUGGUGACAUCUAUACACGUCUGGCAGGAUCAUAUUUAAACGAAGAAAUCGAAGGUGGAGAUGCGCUCUCUGCCUACCUGAUUAAUCUGAUGCAUAACCUGGAUGGCUUUGUCCAGACUAUCACCAUCCUACCUGACCAAAACAUCUCUAACCCUGAUGUCAUGCUACCCCUCAUCAGUAACCUGUUCCAAUCCACAGGUCUGACACCACUGCUGCCUCUGCUCCUCAGUGAUGGUCCCUUCAAUGUCUCUGCAUUGUUUGAUGUAGCCUCACAGCUUGGCAACUUUAUUUUCAAUGAGACAGACCCAACAAUGUCUGAACUGGAACAGCUGAUACUGCAGUUGCUCUCCUUGGGGGGUAAUCUCAACAUGUCUCUCUCCCGCAUCAUGGCACACAAUCUACUUAAAUAUUCAGACUACUUCCACCCUGACAAUGUGACCCUGCUCAAAGAAGCCAUCCAGCCUUUCACCAACCAGACCUCAGCCAUCCUCAGUGCCAUGGAGCUACUGAAGACAGUGAGGAAUUCUCCAAAUGGUGACCCAACUAACAUCAUUCUGGGGUACAUACUCCAGCUUCAAGAACUUGUGAAAUCUCUGAAUACACUACCGAAUGGGCAGCUGAGUACAGCACAAGCCACUGACCUCCAGCUGCUUUUGAAGGACUUUCUCAAUCUCCUCACGCCCGAGAACCUUCAAAACCUGACUCAAGCUGGACCAGACACUGUCCAGAACAUUGUUACACAGACAGUUGUAGCAUUCCUACCACCUGAGGUCCAACAGGAAGCUGCUCACUUUCUCCAGGAUUUCAAAGCUCUGCAGAAUCAGAUGACCAAAUGUGCAGCAGGCCAGAACUGUUUGGCUGGAGUCUCAGAAAUCUUCACAUUCUUGGAUCAGAUAUUUGACAUGAUGCUCUCAAACAGCAGUAAUAUCACCAUGAAUAUAGCUGCAAACAACUCUGUUCUGGGGGAACAGGAAUAUGACGAAAUUACAUCCUUGUUCUUCUCACUUCUCCUGUCCUCAAGUGAUACUGCUAAUUUGGAAACAUUCAAUCAAACUCUUCAUUUCAUCAGAUUGAUUAUGGCCUCACCAGUUUUUAAUGUGUCUGAUGUCCAGAAUGCUCUGAGACAGUCAAACCUAACCCUUGAGGAGCUGUACAGCAUUACUGCACUUGUUGGAACUGCCAACAUAAAUGACUUGAUGGUAAAUAUAUUGGAGAUUAUCAAUGCUAGCCAAUGUUUGGAACCACAGCUUAACCCGAUGGUGACAGCCCAGUGUAUUAUGGGAUUGAUAAAUGGGGUCAGCCGUUUCCUAACAUUCCUUCCUGCUCUCCAAAAUGAGACAGCCAUCCUCUCCCUCAUCCCGUUAAUCGUCAAUAACACUAUCAGUGAUGUCUUCCAAGUUAACUUCAGCUCCAAUCCUAACAUGGCUCUCGUGCACACUCUGAACAGCACCCUGGCCAAUGUCAAGAUGAGCCUCCAAGUGAACCACCUGAACACCCCAGAGAUCAUGGAUGAAAUCAGAGUGCUGGAGGGUCUGAUACAACUAGCUGCCACCCCACAACCAUUUAACAAUAAUGGUAACACCACCUUGAAUCCGAACCCCAUGUAUUCACAGAAAGUAUAUCUGGAGAUUGUGCAUUGGUACUUGAAAAGGCUGGAAAAUAUCACCAGGAACAGCUCACUCUCAGUGCUCCUAGAACCCUUUUUCUCCCUCACAGAAAUGCAAGUGACAUUACAGCUGUCACAAACAGAUUUCUCUUUGUUUGUGAGUAACCAGGUUGAGGCCCUGAUAAACAAUCUCCAGUACCCAAUAGAUGUUGCUGGGGUGAGUAUUAUUGGCCAGACAACAGUUGAGAUUAUCCAGCAUCUAUUUGAAUUAAUAAAGGUCAACCUAGAGUUUCAGAAUAAUGUCCCAGGUUCAGAGCCAUUGUUCAACGCAACCAUUCUGCAUACCACUGAGCUCAGAGUUAAGCUAUACCUCGACCUCAUGCGGAAGAUAUUCAGCAUGAUGCUCUCUGACAACAGGAAUGUCACCAUCAAAACAAGCGCAGCCAACUCUGUUCUGGGGGAACAGGAAUAUGAGGAAAUUACGUCCUUGUUCUUCUCACUCCUCCUGUCCUCAUAUGAUGCUGCUAAUUUGGAAACAUUCAACCAGACCCUUAAUUUCAUUAGACUGAUCAUCACUACACCAGAUAUUAGUGUGUCUGAUGUCCAGAAUGCUCUGAGACAGUCGAAUCUAACCCUUGAUGAGCUGAACAGCAUUGCUGCACUCGCUGGAGCUGCCAACAUAAAUGACUUGCUGGUAAAUAUAUUGGAGAUUAUCAAACCUCGUGAGUGUUUUGAGCCACAGCAAAACCCAAUGGUGACAUUCCAGUGUGUUAUGGGUUUGAUAAACACGGCCAGCAGUUUCUUAACAUUCCUUCCUGCUCUCCAGAAUGAGACAGCCAUCCUCUCCCUCAUCCCGUUAAUCGUCAAUAACACUAUCAGUGAUGUCUUCCAAGUUAACUUCAGCUCCAAUCCUAACAUGGCUCUCGUGCACACUCUGAACAGCACCCUGGCCAAUGUCAAGAUGAGCCUCCAAGUGAACCACCUGAACACCCCAGAGAUCAUGGAUGAAAUCAGAGUGCUGGAGGGUCUGAUACAACUAGCUGCCACCCCACAACCAUUUAACAAUAAUGGUAACACCACCUUGAAUCCGAACCCCAUGUAUUCACAGAAAGUAUAUCUGGAGAUUGUGGAUUGGUACUUGAAAAGGCUGGAAAAUAUCACCAGGAACAGCUCACUCUCAGUGCUCCUAGAACCCUUUUUCUCCCUCACAGAAAUGCAAGUGACAUUACAGCUGUCACAAACAGAUUUCUCUUUGUUUGUGAGUAACCAGGUUGAGGCCCUGAUAAACAAUCUCCAGUACCCAAUAGAUGGUGCAGGGCUGAGUAAAAUUGGCCAGACAACAGUUGAGAUUCUCCGGGGUCUAUUUGAAUUAAUCAACCUAGAGAUUCAGAAUAAUGUCCCAGGAUCAGAGCCGUCAUUCAACACAACUAUUCUGCAUGUCACUGAGCUCCAGGUUGAGCUAUACCUCAACCUCAUACAGAAGUGGAUAAAGCAACCCAAUGUCCAGUUGGCCCUCACUAAUAUUCUCCAAUGGGGAAACUCUUCCAUGAAUGUCUUCACCCCUGUGACAGACCUCCAGCACCUGCUGCAGACGAUGGAUAAUAUUGUCAGUGAGGAUCAACUGGCUUACCUCUUCAUCGUUGGCAAUAUCACCCAGUCCCUGAGCAAUGCCCUAAUGGUGGCAGAGCAACCAGGUGGCCAACAGAGUGACCACUUCUCAGCCGCCAUCUUGGAAGCACUCCAAAGUGCUAUGCAAAUACUUACCCCAGCCAUUGGCCCCCUGCCGCUCUCCGUACAGCAGGACAUCCUGGAAAUUGUGCAGGACACACUUAAGCUCAUUGUCCAACCAGACAUGAGUUUUGCCUCAUCACGUAACAUCUCCCUCCUCAUCCUCAAGAGGGCUGAGAGCGUCAUUCAACAGACAGUACCACAAAUGUUUGCUGAAUACUUGCUGCCUGGACUGAAAGUAGCAACCACAUACUUUGAGAGCAUCUUCACAGCCAGUGGACCAGACAGCUGGAAUCAGAUAAUUGUGAACGAGAUGAAGACAGUCCAGCACCUGCUGCAGACGAUGGAUAAUAUUGUCAGUGAAGAUCAACUGGCUUACCUCUUCAUCGUUGGCAAUAUCACCCAGUCCCUGAGCAAUGCCCUAAUGGUGGCAGAGCAACCAGGUGGCCAACAGAGUGACCACUUCUCAGCCGCCAUCUUGGAAGCACUCCAAAGUGCUAUGCAAAUACUUACCCCAGCCAUUGGCCCCCUGCCGCUCUCCGUACAGCAGGACAUCCUGGGAAUUGUGCAGGACACACUUAAGCUCAUUGUCCAACCAGACAUGAGUUUUGCCUCAUCACGUAACAUCUCCCUCCUCAUCCUCAAGAGGGCUGAGAGCGUCAUUCAACAGACAGUACCACAAAUGUUUGCUGAAUACUUGCUGCCUGGACUGAAAGUAGCAACCACAUACUUUGAGAGCAUCUUCACAGCCAGUGGACCAGACAGCUGGAAUCAGAUAAUUUUGAAUGAGAUGAAGACAGUCCAGAGCCUCCUGCCACCAAACUGCACAGCUCAGGACUACGUUUCUGUCCUCAUUAACAUCACUCAGUUCAUCUUGGAGUCUGGUGAAGGCAAGUCAGCUUCUCUGCAUCACUGUAGGUAG